CCGGGGCCCCUUUCUCAGCCGAGCCGAGCUCGUGUCCGUGUCCCCGACUCCUUCCAGGGAAAUGGCCCGGCAGAGGCAGAAAGGAGUGGGAGUAGCCGCCGCCCGGCGAGGACCACUGACGCACAGCUUCAAACAGCGUGCCACCGCCGGCCUGCUGGGAAACGCGCGCAGACCAAUCGGGCCCGAGGCGGAGACCGGUUGGUUCCUGAGCGCCGGGCGGGCGGGCGGGGAGCCUGGAAGUGGGAGGGAGGGGCAGGCAGCGGGGCGGGGCACGGCGCCAGCCCGGAGGCCGAGCCCUCUCGGCCCCACCCACGGCAGCCUGCCGGGGGCGUCGCCCCAGUCCGCCCCAGGCCCCUCCAGGGCCCCGUGCCUGUUGGGGACCAUCCACGUGACUCGGUGAUGCAGAACGGUUGUGACCUUCAGCGUGUGUCUGUGAAUGUGAGGGUCCCAGCAACAGUGCGGGUUUGCGCCCAGCCCCGCCUGUGGGUGCGGGGACGUGUGGGUGUGUGGGCAUGUGUGGGUGUGUUGGGGAGGGUGCCCAGCGACAUGUGACAAAGACUCCCGUCUCCGGGAGAUGGUGAAGGGGCCCGCGAGCUGGCGCUUUGUCUGGCUGUCUGCAGAGUGACGGUUCGCGCAGCGGCGGCGGCGGGCGCCCGUGCGGUGCAGGAUGCCGGGGCGCCAGGGCGGCCGGGGGCGCGCGCGCCUGUGCCAGGGUGAGUGCGCUGCGGCAGCACUGGGGGGCCGCACGGCGGGCCCGCGCCAGCCAGGGCCUUGGGCGUGACCAGGAGCCACCCGUGGGCGCUGCAGUGGCCGCGUGUCCCCGUGACCUCGGGAGCCGGCCCGGGACGGGGUGGAUCCCCGCGCGCCCCUCCCCGUCCGCCCUCCACGUGCGUGUCCGCGGAGCGCGUGCUCGCUGGCGCGCACCCGCCUGCUUGUCGCCGCCGUCGCCGCCACCGCGAGCUGCGCCGGGAAAAGGUGCCGGGAACGAGUGAGUCGGGGCCGCGGGCCCGAGCGCCAUGGGCCGGAGGGUACGCGGCGGGCGGCCGGUCAGCCCCGGGCCUCGCCCCCGCGGGAAAGCCGCCUGGAGUCGGCGAGGGCCGGCCGGGCCCACGGGGAGGCCGGCCCGCGCCCCCUGAGCUACAGACACCAGGGCGCUCGCCAUGGCCCCACCGCUCCUGCUGCUGCUGCUGGCCAGCGGAGCGGCCGCCUGCCCACUGCCCUGCGUCUGCCAGAACCUGUCCGAGUCGCUCAGCACCCUCUGUGCCCACCGAGGCCUGCUGUUUGUGCCGCCGAACGUGGACCGGCGCACGGUGGAGCUGCGGCUGGCCGACAACUUCAUCCAGGCUUUGGGGCCGCCAGACUUCCGCAACAUGACAGGGCUGGUGGACCUGACACUGUCCCGAAAUGCCAUCACCCGCAUCGGGGCCCGCGCCUUUGGGGACCUGGAGAGCCUGCGCUCCCUGCACCUGGAUGGCAAUCGGCUGGUGGAGCUGGGCACCAGCAGCCUGCGGGGGCCCAUCAACCUGCAGCACCUCAUCCUCAGCGGCAACCAGCUGGGCCGGAUCGCACCAGGCGCCUUCGACGACUUCCUGGACAGCCUGGAGGACCUGGACCUGUCCUACAACAACCUGCGGCAGGUGCCCUGGGCUGGCAUCGGUGCCAUGCCUGCCCUGCACACCCUCAACCUGGACCACAACCUUAUCGACGCACUGCCCCCGGGCGCCUUUGCCCAACUCGGCCAGCUCUCCCGCCUUGACCUCACCUCCAACCGCCUGGCCACACUGGCGCCUGACCCGCUCUUCUCCCGGGGGCGCGACGCCGAGGCCUCGCCCGCCCCCCUGGUGCUGAGCUUCAGCGGGAACCCCCUGCACUGCAACUGCGAGCUGCUCUGGCUGCGGCGGCUGGCCCGGCCCGACGACCUGGAGACGUGCGCCUCCCCGCCAGGCCUGGCUGGCCGCUACUUCUGGGCAGUGCCCGAGGGCGAGUUCUCCUGUGAGCCACCCCUCAUCGCCCGCCACACGCAGCGUCUCUGGGUGCUGGAGGGCCAGCGGGCCACACUGCGGUGCCGGGCCCUCGGUGACCCUGCACCCACCAUGCACUGGGUGGGCCCUGAUGACCGGCUGGUGGGCAACUCCUCCCGAGCCAGGGCUUUCCCCAACGGGACCUUGGAGAUUGGGGUGACAGGCUCUGGAGAUGCAGGGGGCUACACCUGCAUUGCCACCAACCCUGCUGGCGAGGCCACAGCCCACGUGGAGCUACGGGUGCUGGCCUUGCCCCACGGCGGGAAUGGCAGCGCUGAUGGGGGCCGCCCGGGGCCCUCGGACAUUGCUGCCUCAGCCCGCACUGCUGCCGAGGGAGAGGGGACACUAGAGUCUGAGCCAGCCGUGCAGGUGACAGAGGUGACCGCCACCUCAGGGCUGGUGAGCUGGGGGCCGGGGCGGCCAGAAGACCCCGUGUGGAUGUUCCAAAUCCAGUACAACAGCAGCGAGGACGAGACCCUCAUCUACCGGAUCGUCCCAGCCUCCAGCCACCACUUCCUGCUGAAGCACCUGGUCCCUGGUGCCGACUAUGACCUCUGCCUGCUGGCCCUGUCACCCGCCACUGGGCCUUCCGACCUCACAGCUACCAGGCUGCUGGGCUGUGCCCACUUCUCCACACUGCCAGCCACGCCUCUGUGCCAUGCCCUGCAGGCCCAUGUGCUGGGCGGGACCCUGACUGUGGCUGUGGGGGGUGUGCUGGUGGCUGCCUUACUGGUCUUCACUGUGGCCUUGCUGGUUCGGGGCCGGGGGGCCGGGAACGGCCGCCUCCCUCUCAAACUCAGCCACGUCCAAUCCCAGACCAAUGGAGGCCCCAGCCCCACGCCCAAGACCCACCCGCCGAGGAGCCCCCCGCCUCGCCCCCAGCGCAGCUGCUCCCUGGACCUGGGAGACACAGGCGGGUGCUACGGUUAUGCCAGGCGCCUUGGAGGGGCCUGGGCCCGACGGAGCCACUCUGUGCAUGGGGGGCUGCUCGGGGCAGGAUGCCGGGGGGUGGGGGGCAGUGCGGAGCGGCUGGAAGAGAGUGUGGUAUGAUGAGAAGGGAGCCGGCCCAGGGCGGAGGGCGCAGAGCAGGCAGCCGCCUGGCCUGGUGGGUCAGCACUGCCUGGGAGUCCCUCCGGGCUGGUUUUACCCUUGGUACCUCAGGCCCCCUUUAUGCUUGGCAGGACAGGGGGCCCUUUCCCUGGUUCUGGCCUCCAGACGGGCAUAAGGGGUCAGGUCUCUGACAGGUGCUCACAGCCACCAAGGUAGAGGCUGCAGCCACCAAGUGGGAGUCUUGUUUUUCUUUAUAAUAAAAUUGUUGGGGACACCUCA